UCUUUUUAGGGUCUUAGCUAAUUUUGGGUUAAGGCUUUGAGGCUUACCACUUACUAAAUGAUGUUCUCGGGAAGGAAUUUCUUGUUCCAGUACCGACGGCAGGUAGAAGUCUACAGGCCGGCAAAGCAAGUAAGUCAUCGCGAGAAACCCGCACCACAGCAGCAACGAGGCAAGGCAACAACAGCGGUUUGGCAUCAGCACGCUACUUCUCUCUGUUGACUACGAUUUCACCAUGGGAGUCUCACUCAAGUUGCAAAAGCGUUUGGCCAGUUCGGUCUUGAAAUGCGGCAAGCGCAAGAUAUGGUUGGAUCCCAAUGAGAUUAACGAAAUUGCCUUGGCCAACUCUCGCCGUAACAUUUCCCGUCUGUACCGUGAUGGUCUCAUCAUGAAGAAACCCGCCGUUGUGCACUCUCGUGCCCGCGUCGCCACCAGAAACGAGGCCAAGCGCAAGGGUCGUCACACAGGUACUGGUAAACGUCGCGGUACUGCCAAUGCUCGUUUGCCCGAGAAGGUCUUGUGGAUGCGUCGUUCUCGUGUCCUUCGUCGUCUUUUGCGAAAGAUGAGGGAUGCCAAGAAGAUUGACAAGCACAUCUACCACUCUCUGUACAUGCUUUCCAAGGGUAAUCAGUUCAAGAACAAGCGUGUUCUUUUGGAAACCAUUCACGACAUGAAGGCCGAAAAGGUCAAGGAAAAGGCUCUUGCCGAACAAGCAGAUGCACGAAAAGGAAGAGCCAAGGCUCGUUUGGACCGAAGGGCUGCUCGGGAGGCCAAGAAGGCCGCCGAUGCCGAAGCAGCCGCUCAAGCAUCGUAAACAAACAAACAGCCAGCAGAGAGCCUACUAUUUCAAUCUUCAAAGUGAACCAUCUUCCACACAACUAACUUUUUAAAUCAAAACUAAUGAAAGCCAAAGUUACUGCUGUACCCAUGGAAAAGAAUAUGUUGUC